ACAAGCCGAUGCCAUUGACUAUUAUGCUUCGGCACAACCCGUUACCACCACCAUCAACAAUGAAACACACACCGUUUACCCGUGUCUUUUCCCCGGAUGUUCGAAAACCUUCAUGCGGCUAUACAAUCUGAAGAGUCAUUCCAGAACACAUACCGACGAUCGUCCGUUCAAGUGCAGUGUCUGUGGCCAAGCAUUCAGCCGAAACCAUGAUCUAAAGCGACACUGUAAGAUUCACGGUGGCGACAAACCACAUCACUGCCCGACGUGUGGUAAACAGUUUUCGAGAUUGGAUGCGCUCAAACGACAUAAAGCCAAUGCAAGAAACCGUUGUGCUUAGAAUGGGACCACCGUCCAGGCGUAUAGUCAUAUCGUUCUGUGUAUCUCUAUCUAUUCUCUCUAUUCCCUCCCCAUGACGCCCUGCUUGUCAUUACAAGUAUAGGUCGUUCGCUACGGAUCUGUACAUUGUUUUUCAUUUUCUUGUAUUUGGUUGACCAAUGCAUUAAUGUUUUUUUUUUUUUUUUUUUCUUUUUUCAUACGAUACGC